GAUCUUUGUGUUACUGAUUUCAGCGCUUGCUGAUUCCGGCGGUGCCGUCAUUCCCUGAUUAUACAUUGGCUAGCCAUUCUGCUUCGUUCUUCUCAAAUUCAUCAUCCAUCGUCUUCAAUGCUUCUUUGAUCUGCUUCAAUACUUCUUUGAUUUGUAUUUUCCCCAAUCGCUCUGGUCUCAGAUCUUAAUACUCUCAUAGAUUUGGGGCUUUUUGCAUCACAAGGAAAUGGAGAGGGGAGCUCAACAUGGGUAUGGAGGAUGGCAACCAGUGGUCCGUCGGCAUGGAGGCAGGGGAGUGUGGAGCAGAAGGGAGGAAGUGACUAUUCACUCUGUUUUUGUGGAUAAUAUCCCAGAACCCAUGGGAUCCAGCGGGUAUAACUGUGAUGUAUCAGCGGCUAUGGCAGUCCAAAAAGCAAAUGGGCUGUGGUGUGGCGACUGUGCAUUGCGA